AAAUCAUCCAAGAUUUAAAAAAACAACAACUUUAUUUUGGCAGGUCAUCACCAAGAACCAACGUCUUCCUUUACGUGUAUUUUAUUUUGUAAGUACUAACCGGACACAGUAUGAUGUCAUUCUGGCUCACAUGACGGUCUGGCUCUGGUCGCUGUCAUCAUGCAGGUGGAAUCUGCGCAACAACGUCGCUCACUGUAGGGAUCUGCAACAACAGCAGCAGCAGCGAUGAUAUCAGGGACUAAUCAUCAAACUAACACGGGAAAUACUCACUUUGAAUAGUUUUUGUUUUGGGGAAACAGCGAAUUUAUCAUUGUAGAGCAACACAGCCAACAUGUAUCUGUGCGAAUAAGAUCACGCCGGUGUUUGUUGAUGCUGUCAGACCGUGUUUGUGUCUGCAUCUCAGCUGGAGUCGCAUAUGAUGCCAAGCAUUCACAUAGUAAGUGAGCGCGCACGAAGGACGUAAUAAUAACAGCUCUGUCCUGCGGAUCUUUUCUGCUGCUGAGGCGAAAAAACACACACAAAAAAACCCGGACAGGAUGGAUGAAGGCGCUGCCUGCGAGACCAUCCCCGAUCUGAAAGACAUCGAGAUGAAAAUCGGCCGGAAGACCCCCGAGGGUUUGCUCAGGUGUCUGCGGGAAGAGGCUUCCUCUCUCCGGGGAGAUGCCAAGCUUGCGAGCGCGCACGACACCAGCAAGGUGACAGGGAAGAGGAGUUUGGAUGAAAAGAUCAGAAAACUGAGGAUGGAGAUGGCCCACUUGCGCUCUGUGGAUGUAAAGAUCUUGCAGCAGUUGCUGGCGGUGCAUGAAGGUAUAGAGGCGGUGAAGUGGCUGCUGGAGGAGCGCAGCACCCUGACCAGCCGCUGCAGCAGCCUCACCAGCAGCCAGUACAGCCUGGGCGAGGGCCCCGACACUUCCUGGAGAGGCUCCUGGAGCAGCCUGCAGGACCCCAAUGACAAGCUGGACAAUAUCUCCAUCGGCAGCUACCUGGACACCCUGGCAGACGACAUGGAUGAGUACUGCCCUUCCAGCUCAGAGUCGGUCAUCUGCACCACAACACCACUGGUUUCAGAGGCUGUUGUUGGGGGCUGGACAGGAGGAGGCCCUGUGGCCCCUGUCACAGCAGCUGGAAUAGGUGUGAGGUCUGAUCCUGGGGCUGGGAUUCGAGCUGGGGCAAAUGAGAACAGAGCUAUUGCUGGAAAUGGGACAGAGGUGAAAGGCAGACCAGGGGCUGGUAUGAUCCCUGGGAUUGCUGGGAAUGUAAGUGGAAAACCAGUUGUUCCUAUCAACAAAUCUGAGGGCCCCAAGCUCGAUGCUACUGUUUGGACGAAGGCUGCAGAGACAGGCAAGGAAAGCCCUGUUUCUAAGGACAAUACUCAGGCACAAUCAAUCAAAGUAAAUGGCGUCCUGGAAAAGCCAGGAGCACAAACAGGUAGCCCAACCCACAUCAGCCUCUCUGAGAAACUGGGAACCAACCAAAGCCCCAAACUCAAACCCUAUAAAAAUGGAAAGAUUGAAUUGGAUACUUGCAAAAUGAAUGGCAAACUACAUCUGGAGUAUGAUGCUCAUUGGCGAUGGGUGCAGUCCCAAGAAGAUGUGACGUUUUUGUAACAAGGAUAAUAAGUGAGGGAAGUAAAUUCAGUUGAUCACUUAGAGGAAGAGUGAACUGCUGUUGUAAGAGGCAGAUACUGAAGCUUCCUGUGGUGAAAGACACUGGGUUUGAAAGACAAAGACUAAUGUUUUUUUUAAUAUUAUCUCUCCUGUGACUGCACUAACCUUCUAUCAAACAUUGAUGUCAGUAUUGAGAUGAAUGCACAUUACAGGAUUUUACCAUCGUCAGCCAAACAUGGCUGCCUCACACAAACUUAGAGGAAAAGUUUAAAAAUCCUGUGUCAUAGUUUUUCUCAGGGUCUUUCUUGGCAUUCCCUGAUUUUAAUUUAUUUUUUAUUUUAUUUUAUUUCAUUUCAUUUCCCUUUGAAAUGAAGCACAGCGAAAUAAUCUUCAGAGAAAUGAAAGAAGAGUUAACAUUGCAAUGUGGUAUGCUGUAUAAACCAUUAACAAUUACUUUCUCUUAUUUGCUGAGAAAAAUAAGUUCCACACAAAUAAGAUUUCCACAAAAAAGAUUGCUAAUUAUUUUAUAAAGUUGUGGUUGCUUUAUAAUGUUGUUCUCUGACCCAUACAAAGGAAACAAAAGGAAACAUUACAGCUUUUUUUCUUGGGAUCCUUUGAGGCGUCCUGAAAUAAUAGCACUGUGAGAUCUCUUGGACUACAGUAAUAGAAUAAAACCUUUCAUGACAGUUUAUAUAAACCCUUAUUCAACACGUCCAGGGGUACGAGACAGUAUUACUUAAUAAUGUAUUAACAAAAACUUAGUUGACAAAGUGUGUGUGUUUCUUCCCCCUUAACUGUAGACAAAGAAUGAUGACGGGGGACAUGAAUAAACGUUUCCCUUACUAAGAAACAACGUACCCACUGUUUUUACAGCUACUCUUGUGCAUCAGGUAAUAGUUGUGGCUCAAUAUUAUAUUCUGUUACAGUUAUGAUGGUCUGUGUUCGUUCUUGAAGCAGAUAUUGUGCCUGAUUGGUGAAAUAAUUUACAUAUGUUGCCUGUACUUUAUCUCCUAAGAUGAGCGCACUGUUGUUAUGAUAACACAUAUAUAUAUAUAUAUAUAUUUUUUAAAUUAUAUCUGGCUGCUAAAUGUUUGGGCAGACGGCUGGACCAGCAGUUGUGCUCGUGAGUGUCGAGUGGUCAAUGUGUCAUGUUGUCUGGGUGGAUUAUUGCAUGCCCUGUGCUGAAAGCUUUAUUGGCUGAAUUGUGAGAAAAUGUGUAGAAGAACCAACACGAGUAGAAAAGAACAGCCUUUCAUUUGACGUAUGUUGAUAGCAGCCGCUUCCCAGAGCAUGAAUAUGAGUAUUACUCAGGAAUUUGGAAAGACAGAAAGAAAGAGAGAAUAUUUAUGUGUGAGAGACAGACAGACAGAUGUUGACUGCCUGAGCACAGCUGGCCUGUCAGGUAUAAAAAAGAUAAAUAAAAAUAGACGAGUCCCAAAGGUUUUCAAGCAUUUCCAUCUCAUCCAUCACAGUGUUACUACACCUGCUACCAGACUGCAGUUAUUCAUGUUAACGCUGCAAGUUUAGUGCGACAUGUUUAAUAAACAGAGGACGUAUGACACAAUCAGUAUUUAAAUGUAAAAGGCUAUGUUUUGUUUUGUAUUUUAAUCUUACAUGCUUGUUUAAAAAGCUGACGCCUAAAGUGAAUUUCUUUUGCAUGGUGUCAUUGUGCAUGUCUGUUCCAAACUUUAAAUUUUACUGCUGGGAAUGGUUUAAAUCUUUUUCAGUACUGGUGCCAAUACAAUACAGAAGGCAAUGAGUUUUAAUACUGAUGCAAAAAUAAUAUUCCUAGUCCCUUUGAAGGCUUAAAAGCAUGAUCUUGCAUUUUUAGACAUUGAGUCCAACAUUUUAGACAGUGUUAAACAAAGGAAGAUGUUUAACCAUUUCUUGCCACCAGCUACUGAUUUUUCUGUGUAAAAUUCCUGGCAAAUUGUUCCCAACUGUACUGUAGUUAACAUUGGAUUCACGAGUGGGUUGAAAAUUCCAUCUCCAGCUGACUUUUUAUUGUUUCCCUUUGACGUCUGUGGAAUCUUGCAAAUGGGUUCUGAAAUUGAUUGCCGUAAAAGUCGUUAGAUAUGACUUAUUUUUUCACAUAACCAUUACAGCUUAUUGAGUUUUUAUUAUGAUUUCUUUUUUCCAAACAUUAUGUUUUUAUGUUUAACAUUAAAAAGGAGCAGGACUAAGCAGGGUGUUUGGUAAAUGGACAUGGAGACACUGAGGGUGAAUUUUCCAAAUAUAGAGAAAAGAGCAGGACAGAGCUGCAAUAUUCAGGACUGAUACAUACCUUUUUAUAUGUUUAAUGAGAAAUACACUGCAUGAUGAAUGUAGAAUGUCACAAAGACAGCUGUAAUGUAACCUGUAACCCCACUGACUUGGGUUUAAUCUGGUUUGAAACUGCUCCUGGUUGUAAAGUUAGGUAGACGUGCCAAUGAUUAAGUUACCAUGAAGGAAGGGACUAAACACACGCUUUACUUCAGCACUACAAAGACUUGUGCACAUUGCUUUAUCAUCACAUGGAAGGAAUUAAUCAAUAAAAGUGUGGCACUACUGUUAA